UCGUCUGGCAUCACUGAGGAACACGUGAACGUUCACCGCAUGGUCUUAAGUUUAUUUUUUUUUCCGCAUAUUGAGUUUAUCAAUAUUAAUUACAUUGUGAAAAAGUCAAUACAACGAAAUGGCUAAAUUUUGUCUCAAAAAACGCAGUAAAAGAGUUGAGGCUCGUCAGAGAUACAAAAUUGAGAAGAAAGUGCGAGAACACAAUAGAAAAAAACGGAAGGAGGCGAAAAAGAAUCCGAAAAAGACCUCAAAAAUGAUGAUCAUCCCCAAUCAAUGUCCUUUCAAGGAAGAAAUUCUGCAAGAAGUUGAAGCUAUGAAGCGGCAAAAUGAACUAGAAAAACAACAACGCCGUGCAGCAGCCCAAGCAGCCAAGAAAGCAAAACGCUCCUGUGCAAAUCUCGAUGCGUUAGUGUCUUCCGCAGAGAGCAAAGGCCAGGCUCACCUUCUUCAAACUGAUUCCACCUCGCCAACCUUCCAACCGCUUCGAGAAGAGAACUCCUUGAAAGCCUAUCACAAAGAAUUCAAGAAGGUUCUGGAGUCGGCAGAUGUUAUUCUGGAAGUAGUAGAUGCUCGAGAUCCAUUAGGAACUAGAUGCAAACAGGUAGAAGAAGCAGUUCGAUUGGCAAAAGGCAACAAGAAGCUCGUAAUAGUUCUCAACAAAGCAGAUUUAGUCCCGAGAGUGAAUUUAGAUGAAUGGUUGAAGUAUUUUCGAAGUAGUUUACCUGCGGUUGCCUUCAAGGCCUCCACCCAAGAGCAAUCGAAGAGAAUUGGAAGAAAAAAAAUAGGCCUUAAACGAGAGAAUAUGAUUCAGAGUAGUAUAUGUUUCGGUGCAGAACUAUUAUUAUCUCUCCUUGGAAAUUACUGCAGAAAUGCAGGAGACGUUAAGCAGAGUAUCCAAGUGGGUGUGGUGGGUCUUCCUAACGUAGGAAAAUCCAGCAUCAUUAACUCCUUGAAAAGGAGUAAGGCUUGUAACAUUGGAAGCACUCCUGGAAUUACGAAAACCAUGCAAACUGUUCAGUUAGAUUCGAAAAUUAGGUUAUUAGACUCUCCUGGAAUUGUUUUUGUUGAUGAUAGCACAGGAGAUGAUUCCUCCGUUGCUUUGAAGAACGCUGUAAAGAUUCAAAGUCUGAAGGAUCCUUUCACUCCAGCUUCUGUCAUACUGAAAAGAAUCUCGAAAAAACAGAUCAUGGAGCUGUAUGAUAUGCCUGAUUUUCAAACACCUGAGGAGUUUUUUGUGAAAAAGGCUGAGCGAAUGGGAAUGUUCAAGAAAGGAGGAGUCGUCGAUGUAACUGCGGCAGCAAGGAGUGUACUGAAUGACUGGAAUUCUGGCAAAAUUAGAUAUUACACAGUUCCUCCGGAGUUACCUUCCGGUCAAGUGUCAGCUGCAAUUAUAACAGAAGAUUGUAAAGAAUUCGACAUUGAAAAAUUCACAGCAGACGAGAAAAUGAUGUUGGAUGACGUAACCAAGGAAGCGUUAAAAACAACUCAAGUCAUCGAUCCUUUGAUCAUAAGCAGUACAGGUCCAGUAGAAUUCGCUAUGGAGGUUGAAGUAAAGAAGAAAGAAUUCAAACUCCAAAAACUUGAUGAGAGAGAAAAUAAAAAAAUGGUAAAAAUAAAAUCAGAACCUAAUUCUAGAAAAAAGAAGGUGAUACCAUUAUUUCAUAUUGAGGGAAACCAGAAAUUAAAUAAACUCAAUAAACUUGAAUUUAAGAAACAGAAAAAGGAAAAAGUUAAAAGGGAAAAAGUGGCUGGGAAAUUGGCAGAUCAGCUUGGAGAAUUCAGUUUAACCACCGAAGAUAACUAUAAUUUUGAUACUCACUUUCAAAUUUCUGAAGAAGUGUCGAUGUAGGCCUUGUGGAAAGAUUAUGAAUAAAAUUUAUUCACCACGA